GCGGACUCUGUUCCUCUCGACGCUCGGCGCGCUCCAAGUCUGCAAUGCGAACGAGGCCAAGAUGACCAGGAAUAUAACGGGGGCAGUGUCCAGUUCCAUUCCCCUGGGACGUGAUCCGUGGAGACAUACCGUCGUUUGUGAAUAUCUUGUCCUCGGGUUAGAGGCUCCAAGGCCCAACAGCGGCUUGCUUCCCAAUCCAGGAAUACUCACCAACAGUGCGGAACGUCGCCCUUGCGCCGCCCCCUAAAGAUGCCUCUUACGGAGGGCGUCCUCACAGUCCUCCCUGUGCCAGAGGGCUAUGUCGUCGACUUCGACAACCCGCAGCGGCAGGCCGUGCCGCACGCGUACUACAUCGCCGGCGUGGGCACGGUUCUCAGUUUGUUGAUGAUAGCACAGCGACUGUACACCAAGGUUUUUUUGACGGGAAAGCUGCAACUGGAUGAUGGUUUCCUGGUUUUGGCAUGGCUGAUAUCCAUCACCACUGUUGGCCUUUGUGUCCACAUGUUCGCUAUGGGGGCUGGCGGAGUUCAUGGUUGGGAAAUCGACAUCCCAACAUACAACAUCUUCAUGAUGGACGUCUACCUCGCGGCGGCCAUCUACAUCGUGGGCGGCAGCUUCGCCAAGAUCUCCCUCCUGAUCUUCUACUUCCAUCUGUCACCGCAGACUUGGUUCAGGGUAGCGAUCUGGGCCACCCUGGUCUUCAUCUCGGGAUACACCAUCGGCAUCUUCUUCGCGCUCAUUUUCGCGUGCGACCCUAUCGCGAUGAGCUAUGAUGUUACCGUCCAGGAAGGGACCUGCAUCAACAGGCCGUCGCUUUACAUCGCCACGGCUGCGGUCAACAUCAUCUCGGACGUCUUCUUGUUCUGCUUGCCACUGCCGAUUGUGGUGAAGCUUCAGAUCCCUAGAAGGCAAAAGCUUGGACUAUUACUCAUAUUUUUGCUUGGUUCUAUCACGAUUGUCACGUCCAUAAUUCGAGUGUCAAUUCUUCCUCAGAUGCUCACGAGCUUGGACCAGACAUGGGUUAUCUCGUGGGCUUCAGUCUGGAUCAUCGUCGAAGCAAACCUCCUCAUCGUCUGCGCAGCCCUUCCGACCCUCCGCAAGUUCUUGAAACACGUCGCGCCCAAGCUGAUCGGCGAGAGCGCAUACGCCCGAGGCACGAAGCCAACGGGCGACAGCGCCGGCACUGGCCCGCCGUCGGGUCUCAGAACCAUCGGGAUGAUAAGCACGUCCAAAGCGAGCAAGAUGAAGCGCAGUCAGUACUCCCAGUUCGACACGGAAGACGACGGUCCGAGUCCGGACCAGAGACAGAGCGACUCUUAUAUCAUGUCGACGUACCCGGCUACGUCGUAUCCUUCUGCCGCUAUGACGACUGAGGCGUCGUCGCGGUGGAAUGGUGAGGAAGGGGUUUGGGGAGAUGAUGGCUCUGAGAAGGCGAUUGUAAAGGAUAACAUGGCGGUAAUUUUGCAGACCAAGACGGUUACGGUGGAAUAUAGCAACAGUAAAUAAAUGCGGGUGAAUAGGGGCCAGGGGCUCAUCCGUACUUGAUGCCUCGACAUAUAAGAGGCAAGUAAAUAGGCUGUGUGCUAGAAUUCACAACGCGUCUGGUUCGCAAUUAGACG